AUGACGACUCCGGCCAGUCCCGUGAUCCGACUCUCGGCGGAGAGAAUGAAGAACGGUAGAGCUACAAGGUAGCUGGGGAAUAUCGAUGGAUGUGAGGAGUCGCAAUGAAUUGAAGGGGGGCGCCCUCUUGACGAGCUUCUGGAGAAGAGUAGCCAUGGAGAGAGAAAGAGAGACAGGGCUCGAUGGCAACGCAGCGGCUAUAUUUGUGUUCCGGGCUCUGGGGUUUAGGGGUGUCUCAGAGAUCCUAAAUAUCCGUUUCGAACGUUUGGUUACGGGGAUUUCUAAAUCCCAUAUCCCACGAAUCGCCUCCAUAUAUAUUUUCACUUACGUAUUCCUACACUGACAAAAAAGAUCAAAAUAAGUAUCUGUCAUCAGAAAUGAUUGAGCCUUUUAUUUUAGAAUCCUAAUAUAUUAUAUUAUGAAUUAAAAUUUUCAAAUAAAUUAUUAAUUGAGUAGAAUAAAUAUUUAUCGUAAACAUGUACCUUUUAAUUUUGUAUAAUCUUAACAUAGGUCUAUUUUAGAAUAAUAUUAUGCCUUCAUAAUAUUUAAAAUGAUUAGUAUAAGUAGAGUAAAUAAAUUAUAUUCACACAGUUAUAACUAUUUUAACCAUGGAAUUUAUUUUUAGGAAAUGGGAACUUUUAUUACUUGUUUUAUGAAGUCAAACCAUCACAAGAUGAGCUCAAACUCCGUAAAGUUUCUACAAGCUCUACACUUCAAUCUAGCUUAAGAGAAAAUCUUGCAAUACGAGGUCUAUGAUGGUCUACUGUUAAGUGUGUUCUCAUAGAAAUAGAUAAAAGUUAUUUCUUUGUAGAGAGAUAAAGCUAGGGAGAGAGAGAUAGGUCCAUGUGAUUGAUUGUAGGAGAUGAUGUCACAAGUAAAACCUUUCUUCUCUACCCAACUAAGUCCACGCCUGAAAAACCAUUGGGCAAUAAUGCUGAAUUUCUCUCUAUGUACAUAAUGUAUGUUGGUUUUUUCAUGGUUUCCAUUUAUAUAUUUGUAAACAAUUUAGUAAUGUAUCUCCUUCUUGUGUGCUAUAGUUACCUUCUUUUGUUUAGUUGGAAAAUUUUGAUCAAAAGAGGAAAUGGUGGAUAUCAUACAUUUAGAGAGGAAAUGUCUCCGAAUUUAUAAAAUGACAUAUCUAAAUACAAUUUAAGUUAGUGAGUAAUUAUGGUAGGAUUUGCAUUGGAAAAGUCAAUGGUUUUAAUGUGAUAAUAGAAGUUGAUUCCUACCCCAUGGCUGAACUCAUUGGUUUGACUUGUGUUUGCAUUAGAAUCUCAAAGGUCAAAUUGUGUGAAGGGGGUUAUAUCAUGGUAAUAAUGCAUGACAAAGGAUACAAAAUGACAAUAUCAUGUUCAUUGUUGACUCAUUUUUUGUCAAAUAGAUAAAUACCUUUCACAUAUACCUAUUUAUCACUGAAAAUCUUUCUUUGAAGAAAUCCCCAAUGAAAAAAUUAUAAUGAUGAUGUAAAAAACCUUGUAAUGUGUCAUGAAAGCAUCUUACACUCUUUUGGUGACUUUUCUUGAUAAGGGUUGCCUAGAACAUGUGUGGAAAUCAUGAUGAGAAUAGCACCUCCCUUCCUCUAAAUUUAACUAACUUUCAUGUAAAUUGUACUAAUUUGAUGCCACUAAGGAUUUCACUAGGAGACACAAAAUGAUAACAUAUUUUUUUUCAUAAUGUCUAGAUUUUUAGCAAACAAAAGCUUUGAAAAUUUGUGGUAAGCAAAGAAUCUAAGCUCACCUUAGUUUUUUAAUAUUGGGGUGCUUAUGUGAAAAUGGGAUACAGACUCUAGCUGAUUUAUUCCCCUUCAUUUCACCUUUUUAGAUUAAAACAUGCAUCUCAGCUUAAUACUUUAAAAUGGAAAUUCUAAGCGAAACGACAAGUAUGUCAUAUCGUUACAAAGAAAUCCUUCUUAAAGCAAGUACCUAAUGAAUAAGGUGUCAACAGUCUCACUAUGUAUGUGGAUACAACCAAGUUGCAUCAUUUAGCUGCCACAUUGCGAAAAAUAUUUCUUAAUAUUUCUUGUGAUUAAUGUUUGACACAUUACAUUGAUCACAUGCACUGGUUUUAAUAAUGCUACAAGAGGAACCAAGAAGGGAAGAGGCGAACUGAAUUUCUUUUUCUACUCUUAAUCUCAACUCAAAAUAUGGAACUUAAACUCAGAAAAAACAAGUUAGCUGGAGCCAUGUGAAUCUAAGGGAGAUCACAUGGGUCCAGCUGACUUGUUUUUUCUGGAAAUUCUCCUAUAUUCAUUACUCUUGUGUGGAAAUCAUAGUUAAUCUCCCUUAGAUUCAUGGGUCUAUGUUGGCCUAAGUACUAGACAUGCUUAGUUGUAAAUCAAGAAUAAGUUAAGAACAAGACAACGCUCCUAUAAUUUGAUGGCCUAUGACUAUAGAAGUAAUUUGUAGAGAGUAGAACUUUAAAGUUUGAGAUGGAGACAUUGAUUUGAUUCCUUACAUCAUGAUCAUUAUUGAUUUUCUGUUUUUUUUAUUGUUAAAGUAACUAGAAAAUUGUCUCCAAUAUUUCAAUGGGUGAUUUUGAAGUAAUAAAGUUUUCACCCUUCUCUGUUUUGUGAUGUAGCACUAUGGGUUUAUCUUUCUCCAGCUCUCUCUCUCUCUCUCUCUUGAAUCGAUUCUUGUAUUGUUAUGAAUAAAAUGCAAAACAUUAUAAGAAAAUAGCUAUAAAAUUUUAUGAAUAAAUUAUAUAAAACAGAUUAUAACAUUUAUAAUAUAUUCAAGAAUUUUCUAAGAGAAUAUGUUUGUUGAAUAUGUUUAUAAUAUAAAUUUUUUAUUUUAUUUUUCAUUAAAUUUCAGUUAAUCUUGUGUUAUAAGAGUAGAAAUUUAUUAAUUUGUGAUUUUUUGGAAAUUGAUCAGAUACAUAGAAUUAAAGUUGGGGGGUCAUUUAGUAAUAUUUUAGGGAUAUUUUUUUUCAAAGAUUUCUAUUGUGUAUCUGUCUAUUGUAGCUUGUGCCAUAGGAAAUAGAGGGUACAACCACAAACAACUUUAAACUGCGAAUGAAUAUGGCUCUACAUAAAUUGAAAAUAUACCGGUUAAUACCUUAGUUUAAAGUUUUUAUGUAGAGCAUCUUAAACAAGAAUGAGAGAGGCUGGGCGGCCUAAUGGCAAAGGUACACCCAUAAAGGGGUAUAUUUACACAUACUUUCAAAAAAUGAAAUAUAAACAAAAAUAUGUAAAUAAAUAUGGGUUUAUAUUUUAAUUAAAUAUAUGCAGUGCACAAGACAGACUGGAAAAAGCCCUAGCUACGCCCAUUGAAAGGAAGUACAGAGUUGUAAAAGGGUAUAUUUACAAAAAUCACCAAGGGCUAAAAAUGAAAUGGAAGGAAAAGAACACAUCUGUAAAAAUGAAUUAUGUUGAAAAAGAAUGUAUGUACAAAUAAAAAAACUAGGGGCUUAUAUUUAAUUAUAGUAUACCAAGGAAAGAAGCCGAUGGAGCUGAUCCUGCAUGACGGCAAAACCUUAAUUUCGUAUGCUCACUAGCGGAAGCAGAAGGAACGUUUGCUGGUGUGGUGUCUCCAGUUGGAGGGAGCUCAAAAAGAGGGCGCCAUCGACCUUCUCCUCGUGCGGUCACCUAA